AUGGGAUACUAUAUCGACGCGAGGAACCUGUGGCAUACGGUGACCAGCAUGAAGAUGCUUCCGGGUGUUCCGCACGCGCUCAACGACGACUUGGGCGUGACUGAGCGUUGGAAAGACUUUCUUCGAGAUCAGGCAAGAGGGGUUCUGGAGAACAUCCUGAUGGAUCUGCGGGUGCACACGCAGGAACUCCAUCGGCCGAACUAUUCAGUAGGCAAAAGAUUCCAAAGGUUUAUCGCGGCCGGCAACCACAUGUUUUCGGUGAUGCCUGUGGCUGAACCGGCGGAGCAGUACGUGGCGCGAAGGAUAGUCAACGCGUUCACCGAAACGUGGCAUCAGCAUUACUCGGCGGAGCGGCAGGCUGAGCUGAAUGCAGAGUUGGAAGCGCUGGCACGCGAAUUGGAAGAGGCAGAAAGCGAGGGAGAGAACGAAAGCGCCACGGGUCCAGGACAGGUGGUGCAAGCCGCAAGAUCAACGAGCUUUGGUUCUGAUGGCGAGAAGCACGCCGACCAGUCGUAA